GGCAGUGAGCGGAGGGCAGCUGAGGGGCCGCUGCAGAGGCGAGCGCGAGAGCCCGGAGGGGGAGGGGCGCCUGGCGCGGCCAGAGAGCGAGGAAGACAGAGGAGGGGGCGAGGGGAGGAGGCGGCGGCUGGAGGCGGCGCCCGCCCGUGUGAGGGGCUACGUGAGGGCAGCCGGGGAGUGGGCGGGGCUUCGCUUGCGCCUGGCCGUAUAGUCGCCGCCGCCGCCGUGAGGCAACCCCCCCCCCUUCCUCCUCUCUCCUUGGCCCGGCGGGGAUGGCGGUGCUGGACCUGGCGCUGGAGGGACUCGCGGUCUUCGGGCUCAUCCUCUUCGUGGUGCUGUGGCUCAUGCACUUCAUGUCCAUCAUCUACACGCGUCUCCACCUCAACAAGAAAGCUACAGACAAACAGCCAUAUAGUAAGCUUCCAGGAGUUUCACUUCUAAAACCAUUAAAGGGUGUCGAUCCAAACCUCAUCAACAACUUGGAAACUUUCUUUGAGUUGGAUUAUCCAAAAUAUGAAGUUCUUCUCUGCGUACAAGACCAUGAUGAUCCUGCCAUUGAUGUGUGUAAAAAACUCCUUGGCAAAUAUCCCAAUAUUGAUGCAAGGCUAUUUAUAGGUGGUAAAAAGGUGGGGAUAAAUCCAAAGAUCAACAACUUAAUGCCAGCAUAUGAAGUUGCCAAAUAUGAUUUAAUAUGGAUCUGCGAUAGUGGCAUUCGAGUAACGCCAGAUACACUAACUGACAUGGCCAAUCAAAUGACAGAGAAAGUUGGACUGGUUCAUGGCCUGCCCUAUGUGGCAGAUAGACAGGGCUUUGCUGCCACUCUAGAACAGGUAUAUUUUGGCACUUCUCAUCCAAGAUCAUAUAUUUCUGCCCAUGUAACUGGCUUCAAAUGUGUAACAGGAAUGUCUUGCUUGAUGAGAAAAGACGUACUGGAUCAAGCUGGUGGGCUCAUAGCCUUUGCGCAAUACAUUGCUGAGGAUUACUUUAUGGCCAAAGCAAUAGCUGACAGAGGCUGGAAAUUUGCAAUGGCCACACAAGUUGCUAUGCAGAACUCUGGCUCCUAUUCCAUUUCCCAGUUUCAGUCCAGAAUGAUCAGAUGGGCCAAACUACGGAUCAACAUGCUUCCAGCUACAAUAAUCUGUGAGCCAAUCUCAGAGUGCUUUGUGGCAAGCUUAAUUAUUGGAUGGGCAGUGCACCAUGUGUUCAGAUGGGACAUAAUGGUUUUUUUUAUGUGUCACUGUCUAGCAUGGUUUAUUUUUGACUACAUUCAACUCAGGGGUGUCCAGGGUGGCGCUCUGUGUUUUUCAAAACUUGACUAUGCUGUAGCGUGGUUCAUCAGAGAGUCUAUGACAAUAUACAUCUUCCUCUCUGCCUUGUGGGAUCCAACUAUUAGCUGGAGGACAGGACGCUACAGAUUACGCUGUGGAGGCACUGCAGAGGAGAUCCUUGAUGUAUAGCCUCAGCUUUGUGACUGUCUUUCAAGAAAAGAGAAAAAGGAGAAAAAAGAAAGUAUUAUAAAUUAUGUUUAUAUAAAUGCUUUUAAAAGAUCUACCUUCAAUAGUUUUAUUACCUGUAUGUUUUCGUAUCUGUUCCUUAAUUUAUUUUGCAUGGCACUUGCAUCUGUGAAAAAAGUACAUCUGUAGUCUUGGCCAAAUGGUACCUUUUUAAAAAAAUGUACAAAUUCAAAUCAAGAGAAUUGGUUCCAGGAUUUAUUUUCCUUAAGAGUGUUCUGCAGCAAACUCUAAAGACAGUAUCUUUCAGUAUAGCGAAAGCUCUUUCUCUCUGUCAUAUGGUGUCCUGUAUGCUAUGGGUCAAAGGACAUUAUCCCCAAGGAAUAUCUUCUACGCAGAUCUAUCGGAAUUGAAUGGAAAUUGCGCAAGAACAGAGACAAGAAUUACAGCCUUUUGGAGUGUGUAUGUUGAAAGGAUAGAUAACAUUUUUGUAGAAGUGCAGUUGGCUUUGGAAAGCACAGGUGGCAGGGAACAAGGAGAGAAGCUUUUUAGAUGAUCUAUGCCUACCUCUUGUAGUUGCUGCAGAGCAAAUAUAAACGAAUAGGUAACUAGGCCUUAUUACACAAAAAAGUAAAAGCUGGAAAUUUGUAUUUAUGUGUGCGUGACCGUGUGUAUGUGGGUGUGGGUGUGUGUAUAUAUAUAUAUUAGCAUAUUAUUAUUUUUGGUCUCACUGCAGUGAGCCAAAAGUAGACAGAGUUUGGUGUGGCAGGUGGGAAGAAUUAAUGGUUAGCUAUGCCUAGAGGGCAUCUUUUGGCCAACUCCAAUUGGUUCUGUCUUGAACCAUUUUUAAUCACUGUGCUGUAAUUAGUCUAGCUAAUUUCCUUCAUCCCCAUCUUGACUUUUUUUUUAAAAGGGUGUUUUUUGUUCUGUGAGAGUGAAUGUUUGAUAGUUAUAGGGGAGAGGGAAUGCAUUUCAGAAACAUUUCACAUGAGCUAUUUUCUUAUAUACUAUGUCUUCUUAAGAAUGUAAUUUCAUGAUGCAGGUAUUUAAUAUCUUUUUUAAAGUGGAUGUAGGUCUCUCUCUCUUUUCACUAGUCAUUCUUAAAUAGCAAAUUGCAAUAGAUACUUGUCAGCAUAUUAAAUAGGCAAGGUGAGUUUGCGGUUACUGAUAUUCAAUUGUAAGCUUUAACUAUCAAAGUAGGUCUAUUCUUGGCUUUCCCCCACUCCCUCUACACUUAAUCUGGUCUUUCAAUUUGGCUUUUGUAUUCCAGUUGCAAUGACUAAAAAAAGACUAGAUUAUAGCCAAGUUAUAAAUGCAUGAUGUCUUACUUUUUCUAUUCCUAUUAGCUUGUUCUUCACUCCCCUCUGUGGGGCUGCUCUUAACUUGUGGUGAGCUGGACUUGUUUGGAACACGUUUAAAGAGAGACUCAAAACACAGAGCAAAACUUAGAGGGGGCACUGCAUAAGCCUUUUGGGUUUUUUUUUUAAAUAACUGUAUUUGUGCUGCUUUCUCUCCCAAAUGGGCAUGGCAUGUUAUCACCAGUCUAUUGCUAAGUGCAUAUUGCCAGUAUGGCAGCUUUAAAUCCUGAGUUACGACACUUCUGUGACAAAAAGCAUAAUGUGUAGCAUAUUAGCAAUAACUGAGUAUUUAUAGAAAAGGACAUUUUCCCCCAAUUUACUGAGCCAGUCCAUUAACUGUCUGGUAUACACAUGGUGUAAUUUAAUUGUGUGUGUGUUUGUGGGGGGAGGGGAAGGGAGGGUUGUGUGUGUACAUGUGUGCAGACAUCCUAUGAAUGUUUACCCCAGACCAAAUUUAUUCAUUCCUGUAUUUUCUUUAUUUGCCUUAUGACAUGACAAAGUUUGUUUUGAAGGGCAUCUUUCUCCAUAAAUAAGGCUUUAUAUGUGAAUCAGGAAGAAGUGCUUCCUGAGGAAAGCUGCACACCCCAAACCAGUCUGAUUAUGACCCACUGAACUUUUUUAAAAACCAUAGUCAUUGUUGUCGUCACUGUUAUCUAGCUUAAUUUUGCUGAUAAUGUUUGUGUUUUGUGAAGUUUGGUUGAUGCCAUUCAUUGCACUGCUGAAGUGAAGCGUGGCUGGUUUAGCUAGAUGCUGAUCAUUGUAUGGGCAGUGGAACAGAAAAACCAAAGGCCGGACAGACUUCAUUGUUCUUGUAUGUGUGUGUGUGUUUUAAUGUUUUGUAAGUAUGAAGGUUUUUUUUUCUGGCAUUAGUGAAGCCUUUAAUGAUAAAGGAAACUGAUGCUUCACUUAAGCCAGCAACUUGAUUUCUUAUAUAAGAAAUCUGGGCUGAUUAGGAAAUGGAAAUAAAUACUUUGAAAAUAUUGUAGGAGGGCACUGCUGCAGAACAGAGCAAAGGCUCAAAAUGGCUCUGUCAACAUGUCAAACAUACCAUGUUUAUUUAAAAAUCAUUGUCUUGUUUUUGUUUAAAAAUAAAUUUUGAAUACA